GCCGGAGGCUGGCUGUCCCGCAGCAGCAGCAGCUAGCGGAGCGGCAGCCCUCCAGCCCUGCCGCCGAGCGGGACCCGGGGGCCGGAUCGGGGACGGCGGACCCGAGAGACUGGGCAGAGGAGUGAGGUGGCACCUGGAGGACAUGGAGGAGAGACCCGCGGAGACCAACGCCAACGUGGACAGCUCGGCGUCCCCCUCGGUGGCCCAGCUGGCCGGGCGGUUCAGGGAGCAGGCUGCGGCGAAGGAGAUGCCAGCCAGUAAGCCUGCCAGGAGGAAGCCGCCCUGCUCCCUCCCCCUGUUCCCCCCCAAGGUAGAGCUGGGCCAGAACGGAGAGGAGAAAUCACCCCACACAAGCCACCUCCCCAAGGUGAAGGUGAAGAGCUCGCCUCUGAUCGAAAAGCUUCAGGCCAACCUCGCCUUCGAUCCCGCCGCCCUGCUGCCCGGGGCCUCGCCCAAGAGCCCCGGCCUCAAGGCCGUGGUGUCCCCGUUUCACAGCCCGCCUUCCACUCCCACCAGCCCCGGCGUGUGCUCUCGGGCCAGCAAGCCAGAGGAGGUGCCCAUCAGCUUCGACCAGCCUCCGGAGGGCAGCCACCUGCCCUGUUACAACAAGGUGCGCACGAGGGGCUCCAUAAAGAGGCGCCCUCCGUCACGGCGGUUCCGGAAGUCUCAGUCGGAAUAUGGGGAGCUGGGAGAUUUCAGGGCCCCAGAGUCGUCCCAGGAGAAUGGCGCCCAGGAAGAAGCCGGGGACGAGGUGUUCCAGCCCAAGAACAAGGCCCCAGGCUCCCCGCAGCCCAGCGAGGAGGCAGGAAGGGACGGGAGCAGGAACCUGGAGUCCCACGAGAGGCCCCCUCUGAAGAGGACGGACAAGCAGGAGGGGGAGGCCCCGGCCCCUGCGAAGGCCACCCCGGAGCAGCUGCCUGAGAAGGCCGCCCCAGAUGCCCAGGAGGAGGCCACCCCACCACCCAAGGGCCCCAGCACAGAGGCCCCCGGCUCAGAGGCAGAGAGUGGGUGCGGGAGCCCUGAGGAGGCAAGGCCAGCCCCAGAGCAGAGGGAGGAGGCCCCAGAGCAGAGGGAGGAGGCCGCAGCGGCAAAGGCGGAGAGGGCCAGCAGGGCAGGGGAGCCUGCACAGCAGAGCCUGGACACGCAGCAGCUAGAAGAGAAAUCUGGGGGGCAGGAGAGCCCCCAAAGUCCCCCUGAAGGUGUGGAGGGCAGCCUCACCCCCGCAGAGGGGACUGACAAGGAAAAGCAAGAGGAGGGGGCCGUCCUGGAGCCAGGCUGCCACCCCAGGACCGGCAGCAAGGUGUCCGAGAAGGAGGGCAACACCCCUGCCCAGGACACGAGGAUGUAAAGAGAAAGGCCCCGAGCCGGGUGACGAAGGGGCUGGAGACGGCUCCUCAGACGUAGCAGCCGCAUUGGCAGCAGCGAAUGAAGACGCCAGCGCGGACUGCGGGCAGGAGUCCGCCUGAAGACGUGGAUGGUGUUUCCUGGCCUCCCCCCAGCCCAGCAGAGACGGAGUCUGAGGGCAGCAGAUUUUAUCAGCUUGAGUUUGUGUUAUUUGAUGGACUUGGUUUUAAAAACAAAACAAAACAAAACAAAACAAAACACUUAUUUAAAACAACUUGCUAGAGUGACUACUCCCUGGGACUACUGGUCAACCCCUGAGUCCAGACACUGUCCACGAGCACCCACCCUGAGCUGACCUCUGAUCUCUGACCUCUGACCUCAGGACGGACUCUGACUGAGCUGAUCGGAUUGUGUGUCAAGUGCUAGCCUCUCACUGCCCUAAAGUUUUUACCUGCUCUACUGUGUGUAAAACCCGAUUCCAGGCCCAAAAAAGAAAACAGUACUGCUGAGAAUGUGAAUGCUG